AUGGAGACGUGGUGGAUGGUUGUUGGCAUUGUAACAUGCUCAAAAUUGCUUUUAUUUCCGUCCUACAAAUCCACUGAUUUUGAUGUUCACAGAAAUUGGUUGGCAAUCACACAUAGUCUUCCAAUUAGCAAAUGGUAUUAUGAGGAUACAUCAGAAUGGACAUUGGAUUAUCCCCCUUUCUUUGCCUGGUUAGAAUAUCUGCUGUCACAGAUUGCACAAUUUUUUGACCCAGAAAUGUUGAAAGUGGAAAACGUUGACUACAGAUCAGAUGCCACAGUGCUGUUUCAAAGACUAUCUGUUGUACUUACAGAUUUUAUAUUCAUUUAUGCAGUGAAAGAAUUUUGUACAAAAUGUAUAAAGCUGCAAAGAAAAGAUGACAACAACUGCGACAUUUUUAGUUCACCAUAUUUAAUACUUACAUCUUUACUGAUUUGUAAUGCUGGGUUGAUGAUAGUUGAUCACAUCCAUUUUCAGUAUAAUGGUUUCCUGUUUGGAUUACUGCUGUUAUCUAUAACAAGAUUAUAUGAGGGGAGAAAUAUAGAAGGAGCACUAUGGUUUGCUGCACUACUUAAUUUUAAACACAUCUACCUGUAUGUAGCACCUGCAUAUUUUGUAUACCUCCUCAGGUGUUACUGUUUCAAGAGUGAUGGUGUAGCAGCUAAAAUUUCCUGGAGGACAUUUUCGUUCAUACGAAUUAUCAUGCUUGGUUUUGUGGUAAUAUCUGUAUUUUGUCUGUCAUUUGGGCCAUUCAUGCUGAUGGACCAGCUCCCACAAGUUCUUUCAAGGUUAUUUCCCUUUAAAAGAGGUUUGUGUCAUGCAUACUGGGCACCAAAUUUCUAUGCAUUAUAUAAUGUUGUUGACAAAGCAGCUACUUUAUUUUGCAAAAAAUAUAAUUUACUGAAUAUAUCAGACACAGGAUCAGCCAUGAUGACAGGAGGACUUGUACAGGAGUUUCAACACACAGUGCUUCCAUCUAUAUCACCUUUAGUCACACUUGUAUUAACAGGUUUAUCUAUACUGCCAGCAGUAUUACACCUUUGGAUUUAUCCCAAAGGACCAAAGAGUUUCCUAAGAUGUCUUGUUUUAUGUGGAUUUGGAUCGUAUAUGUUUGCCUGGCAUGUUCAUGAAAAAGCCAUUCUCAUUAUAACCAUUCCAUUCAGUUUAUUGGUAUUGGACAAGAAGAGAGAUGCACAGCUAUUCCUCAUUCUGUCUACGGUGGCUCAUUAUUCAUUAUUUCCAUUAAUAUUUACAAAAGCAGAAACUGUGAUAAAGAUCUGUAUGGUGUUGCUGUAUACAGUUUAUUCAUUCUAUAGUCUGGGAAAUGUCUAUAGAAUACCCUGGACAUUAACCCAGUUACCACUGUGUUCAACAAUAGAAACAUUAUAUCUUCUUGGUAUAGUACCACUAGAAAUAUAUAACAGUUUAAUACAUCCAGGUUUAGGAUUAGAUCAACGAUUACCAUUUAUACCAUUGAUGUUAACAUCAGUAUAUUGUGCAAUAGGAAUUAUGUACUGUUGGAUAAAGUUCUAUAUAUUGACCUUUCAAGAGAAGAUGCCUAAAAGUCACAGAGAAUAAAUCUUUAUAAUUUA